UGAGAUUGAUAAACCCUAAGAGCUUAAAACCCUAAUCAUAUUCAGCCGAAGUUUUCUUCAGAGCUUCAACAAUGGCUGAAACUCAAUCGAUAGCAAGAACUUUCGCAGUGAAGCCAAAAUUGAAACCCAGUUCAGCAAAUUCAUCUACACCAACCCUUGAAUCAAAGUACUGGAAAUCCUUCAAAACCCCUAAAGAAAUUCAAACCCCACAAACACUUGUUUCUUCAAUCAACUCCAUUGUCUUCUCUCCAACAUCUCCUCACGAUUUUGCCGCCACCCAUUCCGCCACCGUUUCCAUUUUCUCCGGUAAAACUCUUGAACCCAAAACUACCAUCUCCUCUGCUUUCCGUGAUACUGUAACUUCAGCUUCAUUCCGAUCCGAUGGUCGUCUUAUGGCUGCUGGUGACCUUUCCGGUGCCGUUCAAGUUCUCGACCCCAAGUCCCGUGUCCCACUUCGUCGGCUUCGUGGCCAUACCCGACCUGUUCGUGUUGUACGUUAUCCGCGGGUUGAUAAGCUUCACCUUUUCUCCGGUGGGGAUGAUGCUAUUGUUAAGUAUUGGGAUAUUACUACUGAGUCUAAAAUUUACGAUCUUUUGGGGCAUAAGGAUUAUGUGAGGUGUGGGGAUGCUUCUCCUGUAAGUGAUGAUAUGUUUGUUUCUGGGUCUUAUGAUCAUACGGUGAAAGUUUGGGAUGUUAGGGUGAUGAACUCGGGUUCGGUGAUGGAGUUUGACCAUGGAAAGCCUGUUGAGGAUGUGAUUUACUUGCCAUCUGGUGGGUUAGUUGCUACUGCUGGUGGUAAUUCUGUGAAGAUUUGGGAUAUUCUUGGAGGUGGGAAAUUGCUAUGUACAAUGGAGAGUCAUAACAAGACUGUGACUUCGAUUUGUGUUGGUAAAAUUGGGAAGGAGAGUGGUGAGGAGGCGCAGCAAUAUCGGAUUUUGAGUGUGGCUUUGGAUGGAUAUAUGAAGGUGUUUGACUAUGCUAAGUUCAAAAUUACUCAUUCGAUGAGGUUUCCGAAUCCUCUAAUGUCUGUUGGGUUCUCGCCUGAUUGUUCAACAAGGGUGAUUGGGGCAUCGAAUGGGACAUUGUAUAUAGGCAGAAGAAAGGUGAAGGAAAGUGAAAGCAUGGAACUUGGGGAUGUUGGUGGCUUUGGUCCGGUAGAAGUGCCUCAGAGGCGGGUGUUGAGGCCAUCUUACUACAGAUAUUUUCAGCGGGGGCAAAAUGAGAAGCCCUCUGAAUGGGAUUACUUGAUUAAGAAGCCGAAGAAGAUAAAGGUGACGGAGCAUGAUAAGUUGUUGAAGAAAUUUAUGCACAAGGAAGCUUUGUUAGCUGCUUUGAAUGGGAAGAACCCGGAAAAUGUGGUAGCUGUUAUGGAGGAAUUGGUUGCUCGGAAGAAGUUAAUGAGAUGUGUGUCAAACUUGGAAACGGAAGAACUUGGUUUGCUUUUGAAGUUUCUGCAGAGAUAUUCAACCAUGCCUAGAUUUUCAAGGUUUUUGAUGGGCUUGACAAAGAAAGUAGUUGAGAUGCGAGCUGAAGAUAUCAAAUCAUCGGAUGAACUGCGUGGUGACAUUAGAAAUCUUAAACGAGAUGUGGAGGAGGAAAUACGAUUACAACAGACAUUGCUACAGAUACAGGGCAUUGUUACUCCUCUGCUCAAGAUUGCUGGAAGGAGAUGAUCAUAUUGCUUAUCGGCAGUAUUUGUGCCAUCAGAUUGUAGUAUUCCUUCAGGAAAUUUUGUUCUUUUACAUAGAAUUUUAUUUUUCCUUUCAACUUGUUAAAGCUAAUGUUUACAAUUUGGCUGAAUUGGAUUAGAGUGUAUUUUUGUUGGUGGAUGGAAAUGAAACUUAACCAUGAUUUCUUCUU